ACCUCCCGCCAGCUCGAGAAACCUCCGGACUUCCUCGGAAUCGUGCGUGACAAUGCGAAUAUCGAAACCCUUGAUCCUAUUCAUCGAUGCCUACGACAGCUUCUCGAACAACAUCAUAUGCCUUCUUGAAACGACACUUAAUGUCUCCGUCCGCACGAUCAAAAUCGACAACCCUGCCCUAGCUACUGACGAAGCUUUACAAAACGAAUUAAGGCACUAUGCUGCGGUGGUAUGUGGCCCUGGUCCGGGACACCCGGGAAAGAAAGAAGAUAUCGGGAUUAUGAGGAGAAUUUGGAGGCUGAAGGAAGAACAGUUGCUGCCAGUGUUGGGAAUUUGCCUGGGAUUUCAGAGUUUAUGCUUGGAGUUUGGGGGACAGGUGAAGAGGUUGAAGGGGCCACAGCAUGGAAUUAUUCGGAGGAUCAGACAUGUUGGAGAAUAUGGGAAGGGGGGGCAACAAACUAUUUUUGGCGGGGUUGGAGAGAUCACUGCCACUCUUUACCAGAGUCUGUGUGUGGAUGUUGGUCAAGACAAGACUAAGAUGAGAAGGUGGGAGCCCGAGAUCCCUUGUCCAGAUCUUGUACCAUUGGCUUGGGCCGAGAGCAGAGACUCGUUUCAAGAUGACUCUGGGAUCAAGGACGACAUGGUUCUGGUUGCUGUACGGCACGCGACGAAACCUUUUUGGGCCUUGCAAUACCAUCCCGAGUCGAUAUGCACGAAUAAAGAGAGCAAGCAGGUGGUCAGGAACUGGUUUAAGCAGGCUCAAUUGUGGAACCGAAUACAAAGACAGACACCAAUAUCUCAGAAGGGAACAAUCCAAGGCCAAUAUGCUACUCGAGAAAGCUUGUUAAGUCAAUUCGAGCAGAAGCUCACCCAGGAUCCUGGUAUCCGUUCCCCUGCAGCAUAUUUAAACAAUUUUGGGAGAGCCGACAAGUGUACCGAAGUCAUCUGCCAUUCUCGAACCAUACAAUUCGCAGCAGAUAUUUCGAUUCCGGAUCUCGUUGAAGCUAUCCAAGAUAUGCGUCAAGAUCAAAUUAUUUUGGAAUCUUCAAAUGCAUAUGAGAAAGCUGUUGGGACCGUAGAUGUCCGAGGCAGAUAUAGUAUCAUUGGUUUGGAUGUUGCAGAGAGCACGAGAUUUGAAUACACCAGAGGAACCCACAAGAUCACUCAAAUUCAUCCACGGAAAGGGACUAUUUCUACUGACGACACAAGAAGUUUUGGCGGGAUAUGGCCUUUUAUUGCUCAAUAUUUGGAUGCAAGAAAAGUAGUGGACGGCAACCCUGAUUCACCAUUUUGGGGAGGUUUCAUGGGCUACACGACGUACGAACUGGGACUCGAGGGCAUCGAUGUCAAGCUUCAAAGCAGAAAGGGGCGCCAACAUUGCCGCCCAGAUUUGUGUUUUGCCUGGGUAGAACGAAGUCUCGUCGUCGAUCACGGAAAGAACGUGGUCUAUCUCCAACAGCUUGCUCCGAGAGCAAAUAAUGACUUUGUCAAGACUUGGAUGGAUAGCCUUACAAUUGACCUGCAAGCAGCCGUCGAACACAGCUCUUGCCCGCCCCCAACGACCCGAAUUCCUCACUCCGUCAUCUCAAUCAUGACCCCUCAACCCUCAGUCUACGAAUCCAAAGUCCUGGCUUGCCAAUCCUCCAUUCGAUCUGGGGAUUCCUACGAGCUGUGUCUAACCUCACAAACACACAUCAAUCUCUCCAAACCCGCCUCUACUUCCCCCUCCUGGGCACUAUACAAAACGCUUCGCACCCGGCAACCGGCGCCUUUCUCCUCCUACCUCCGUCUCGGAUCUGCCACUUUGGUAUCCUGCUCCCCAGAACGUUUCCUCUCCUGGACCGCCACCGGCUCCUGUGAGCUCCGCCCCAUGAAAGGUACGGUCCGCAAGUCCUCUGCCGUAUCCACCCUCGCCGCCGCAAAACUACUCCUCGACAUCCCAAAAGAGAAAGCCGAAAAUCUAAUGAUUGUCGAUUUGGUGAGACAUGAUUUGCACGGUGUGUGUGGAAGCGGCAAUGUAAGUGUGCCGAGACUGAUGGUUGUGGAGGAGUAUAAGAGUGUGUUUCAGAUGAUUUCUGUCGUGAAUGGGCAGAUACCGCCUCCGUAUCCGGUUGAGAUGGAGAAAUAUCUGUCCGCUGAGGAAAUUGACGAGGCGGAGCAGAAAAGAUAUACCGGAAUUGAUGUGUUGGCAGCCAGUUUACCGCCAGGAAGCAUGACCGGUGCACCGAAAAAACGCAGCUGUGAGAUCCUUCAGGAUAUUGAAGGUGGUGAAGAGAGAGGGCUGUAUAGUGGGGUUGUGGGGUAUAUGGAUGUCAGGGGACGAGGGGAUUGGAGUGUGACGAUUAGGUGUAUGUUUAAGUUCGAUGACGAGGAUGAAGUUGGUCCCGGAGAAGACCGGAAGGUGAGCGAGGAAAGGGAGACCUGGCAUGUUGGCGCUGGAGGCGCGGUCACGGCGCUGAGUACGCCGGUUGGGGAGAGGGAGGAGAUGGAGACGAAGUUGGCUGGCACGCUGGACCUUUUUAGAUAACUUUUGGGAGACUCACGUCUGGAUUUUAAGGGGAAAGGAGGAGUUUUUGCAUCAUUUUUGCAUUUCGGGGGGAGGAAUACUCAACGUAUUCCAGGAUAUAAGGCAAGGCGUUGGAGACUCAACGAUACCCCACUCGCAAGACGCAACAACCCCGCAUAUAGAAUAAAAUAGAUGAACGUUCUGAAUAAAUCCAUUGCACGCUAGUUAUCAACUGCAUCAAAACCCCCAACCCAAACCCAUUGAAAUUCUUCAGUUCCGCUUUGCUUGCUGAUAUGCUUUAUACGUACAAUACAUCCCUCUCCCGUCCUUCCCACCAUCCGGUAUCCCUUACUCCUCCCUGCUUUCGUCAGGCCAGGUUCUGAAGAGGGACUUAGAAUUCUGACUCCUCUUGAAAGAACAUCCCAAACGCGAUGAUGGUGCCGUAGAUCAGCGCCCCGCCCGUGAUAGACAUCAGCG